AUGGGGACAGCGGGGCUGAAUGCUGCGGACCGGUCUCGGAGGGGCGCAGAGGCCUUUGUAAAUUUCUCUGGGAUUGCACACCCAGGAGCCGGGACGAGGAAGAAGGGAGUGCGAGCAGAGCGCAGUCCUCUCCGGACCUCCAGGUCUCCCUUCACAACUUGCCACAACACUCGCAGUCCUCACCCCAGACACAGAACAACAACUGCGGAGAGGAGAGGCCACUUGCAGCUGGGGCUGGCAAACUCUCCGUUCCGCACAGGCAGCGCCACCCCGGUGCCCGCAGACGGUGACUUCCGAGACCCAGCGAUGCGCUCCACUGGGUUCAAAACAGAUCUAAUUCCACAGCCAGCACGGGUGCCUCCUCCCAAAUCCAAGAGGGCUGUCGGCUCGGAAGGAACUUUCCCCAGUCUUGGGAUGGCCCCUCUAAGGAGGCUUGGGUUUGCGGGAAGGGGGUUAACAGCGGGCUGGCGAAAGCCCUCCGACAAGUUUUUCUUCUUUUCUUCGCCCGAUGCAGGGCGCGCGUCCUCGCCCGCAGCUGGAGGGAUGAGAAGCCCCUAA